UCCUUCUCUUUAAUCCUGCUUUCUUUGCUCCUCCUCAGCCUGCCAGGCGCGAGGCUCGUUCCGGUAGCGGGAGGCAGACUGGAGGGGAACCGAGGGGACGAGCACAAUCCUCACUGAGGCAGGAGUUGGCCACUGACUGGAAGAAGGUGCCAAAGCUGACCCCGGCUCCAGCCUGCUAGCGGGCAAGGGGAGGGACGGAGCCCAGCUUCGCCUCACUUCCACCAAUCACAGGCCGCCCGGCAGGGUCGGAGGCGCUCUGAGCUCCAGGAGAGGCUGAGCUCUCUCGGCAGGAGGCGGGGAUUGCGGAGAAGAAGAACCAAUAGGAACAAAGGCUCCCCUCCCCUUUGAUUUGAUAGACUACAUAUUCGGGCCAAUGGGGGAAUUCUCAUUUCGAAGAAAGCGGGACUUGUUCUCAGAGUUUGAGAAAGAGGCUGCGCGGAGCCGGAGUGGUAGAGGCUGCACCGCGUGGAGUGGCCUGGCUUAACAGCAGGGAGGGCAGAGCGAUGCUCUUUGACCUCCCAGAAGAGUCACGGGGGCUGACCCAGAGCCGGGGCGGAAAGACUGCGUUAGUUUCUUCCGGGUCAUUGACAGAAGCGUCAAUUCCUGGGAGUAGUUCGUUGGUUUUCUUUCCCUUCAUCCUUUUGCCUUUUCCCGGCGAGGGGUGGCUUUGAUUUCGGCGAUGAGCUCCCAGAAAGGCAACGUGGCUCGUUCCAGGCCUCAGAAGCACCAGAAUACGUUUAGCUUCAAAAAUGACAAGUUCGAUAAGAGUGUGCAGACCAAGAAAAUUAAUGCAAAACUUCAUGAUGGAGUAUGUCAGCGCUGUAAAGAAGUUCUUGAGUGGCGUGUAAAAUACAGCAAAUACAAACCAUUAUCAAAACCUAAAAAAUGUGUUAAAUGUUUACAAAAGACAGUGAAGGAUUCUUAUCACAUAAUGUGUAGGCCAUGUGCCUGUGAACUUGAAGUUUGUGCAAAAUGUGGAAAGAAAGAAGACAUUGUUAUUCCAUGGAGUGUCGCUCUGUUGCCCAGGCUGGAGUGCAGUGGCAGGAUCUUGGCUCACCACAACCUCCGCCUCCCUGGUUCAAGUGAUUCUCCUGCCUUAGCCUCUCGAGUAGCUGGGACUACAGGCGCACACCACCAUGCCCAGCUAAUCUUUGUAUUUUUAGUAGAGAUGGGGUUUCACUAUGUUGGCCAGACCGGUCUCAAACUCCUGACCUCAUGAUCUGCCCACCUCAACCUCCCAAAGUGCUGGAAUUACAGGUGUGAGCCACCAUGCCUGGCCUAAUUUGUAUAUUUCUAAUGACUCAUGAUGUUGACUGAGCAUCUUUUCUUUUCUUUUUUUUUUUUUCCCCCUUGUUUUUUGAGAUGGAGUCUUGCUCUAUAGCCCGGGCUGGAGUGCAGUGGUGCCAUUUCAGCUCAAUGCAACCUCUGCCUCCUAGGUUCAAGUGAUUCUCCUGCCUCAGCCUCCCCAGUAGCUGGGAUUACAGGCACACACCACCAUGCCCAGCUAAUUUUUGUAUUUUUAGUAGAAACAGGUUUUCACAAUGUUGGCCAGGAUGGUCUCCAUCUACUGACCUUGUGAUUCGCCCCCCUUGGCCUCCCAAAGUGCUGGGCUUACAGGCAUGAGCCACCACACCCAGCCGACUGAACAUUUUUUCGUGUGUUUAUUAGCCAAUCCUAUAUCUUCAUUGGUGAAAUGUCUAUUCAGAUGUGUUGCCCAUUUAAAAAAUUGGGUUGUUUGCUUACCAUUGAGUUAUGAAUCUUUUAUAUAUAUUCUAGAUACAAGUCCUUUAUCAGAUAUAAUUUGGAAAUAUUUUCUCGCAGUCUGUAAUGUGUUAUACAUCAAUUUUAAGAUAUCCUUCACGUUAAGAAACUAACAGUGUGGAUAAUAAUCCUGGUAUUGACAGAGGUUUGGACUCCUGAUGCCGGAAAGACUAUCUGCUGCCAUGCCUGGGCACGUACUGCAUCAUUUACAAAACUGUGGAGCACCUGUUGUGUGUGCAGUUGUGAUUUCUUAUAGAUUUUUAGAAUUGGAAGGCAUGUAAAGAACACGUAGUCUGGUACGUUGCCUCAGUAGGUAAGUCAGUAUGAACUUCUAAGAAUUUUUGUUUUCUUCUGUAUUGGGUCUAUUGCGGGUAUGUCCAACGUGACAGGGGAGGUAAGGGAAGUGGCAUCCCCUGAGAUUGUGAUUGAAAUGGGUUUCAUCAUCUUUAAGUCAAAGUGAGAUGCCAGUAAUAGGAUAUAUGUAUAUAUGUACUUGUGUCUCUGUAUGUAUGUAAAUAAACAAACAUGCUGGAAGGAGGAGGUGAUUCAAUCAGGGACUUCAUGAAAGAGAAAAAGAAUAACUGGACCUUCCUUUAAUGAUGAAAACUGUUUAUACAGCAAACCAUCAAAGCCAAAAUGUGAAUUUUGGUAUUAGCCUGAUUUUUCCUAAGAAACUGUUGAUGUAAUCACUGUAGUUGCAGAGAUUGUUUUGGUAUAUUCUAGACCCUCUUUGUUUUGUUCUGUUUGGGGUUUCUUCCCCCUCAAGUUGCUCUUAUCCACCACUAGACUGGCUGCCUUUUAUUCCAUAGCAGACAGUCCUUAAGUCUUUGCAUAUGUCCUUAUUCAAAAAUUAAUCUUCAUCGGUUUUUUCCUGCAGAAAACAGUUUUUUAAAUAUCUUACAUAAGAAUGCCCUGCACCUGCAAUCUCUGGCUGAUGCGGUUUCCUUUCUCUCUUCUCUGUCCCCAUUGGUAGAAUAAAUCAGUUCCUUCUUAAAUCCUGAGCUGAAAAUGUCCACACUUCCCAGAAGUGUACUUUAGAAUCACCUGUAACAUGUAUUUAAAAUACAGAUUCCCCAGCUCCACGGGCAAAGCUCUCCUGCCAUGUGACACCCUGAUACAGUUCAGGGAGCCACUAAGCCAGGCCAAAAUGGCUCAGCAGGCAAAGGUCCAAGCUGCCAGGGUAUUAUGUCAUUACGGCAUGCUUAGCAUAGCUAGGAGGACAGGCUCACACCCAGCCCCACAGCUGUUGCACUACAGACUCAGGCACAGGGCUGUCUAACUGGCAGAUGUGGGCCACAACUGUUGGGGACAAGCCAGCCAUAUUUGGGAAAAUCUUAUUGUAAGGGGCAAGUGUGAGUGAGAUUUAGGAGUCAUGGGAAAAUACAGCAACACAGUAAAUCUUGUGUUAUGGGAGAGAUGUGGAAGAAAGAGAUAAACUACUGGCCAGGGUGUCUCCUGACCGGGUGACUUGCCACCACAUGAGCCAGGCAGGUUGCGGCAGUUCUGCCUUUGGGAGGUGGCUGGAGGAGGGGAGGAGAGAGAGGCAUGAUGAAGACAGAUGCACCCUUUCCUGAGCAGGGGUUAACAUUCAGGGUGCCGAAAGGAACUCCACAGCCUGUUUCCCAUCUCUCUUGUCCUCAUCAAGUACUGGUCCUCGUGUAUGUGUUCUGCUUCCACUUUCUCAGGAUGUUUACGUAUUUGCAAAUACGUUUAUGGAAAAGAGUUACCUCACCCACCUCUCCAAACAUCUAUUUGUUUUACAUUUUUAUUGCGGGGGAGUGAUCUCUUUACAUAGCUUCAAAUGGCAUAACAUUCAGCAGUAUCCAAGCUUAGAUAUAUCUGAUGAGAGGAAAGUAAUCGUGAGGCCUUUGUUCUAGUUACAACUUUGUCACUAUCUGACUCCAUGACUCCAGCAAAUUGCUUCAACUGUCUGGCCUGCAGUUUUUUUCUUGCGUUAAAUAACAGACUUAGUCUAGAUCGGUGGUUCUUAUCAUGUGGUUUCCGGACUAGCAGCAUCAACAUUACCUGGGAAACUUGUUAGAAAUGCAAAUUCUUGGGCUCUGCCCUAGACCUACUGAAACAUACUCUGUGGGUGGGGCCCAGCAUUCUGUGUUUGAAACGCGAUUCUGAUUAUUUGACAAAAGUUUGCAAACCACUGGUCUAGAUAAGUAGCUCUUAGCCUUGGCUGCACAUUAAAAUCAUCUGGGCAACUUUUAUAACCUACCAAUUCUGGCCUCUUCCUCCAAAGAUUCUGACUUAAAUGGUUUCAGAUGGGGACCAUUGUUAUGUGGUUAUAGCGGACGUCUAGGUGCUGUCUGAGGUCUUUAAAACUAAAAGUCAGUGUUUCCCAGCCGUAAAUGCAUGCCUCUAGACCUGGCCUUCUCAAGCCACUAGGUGUUGCUAUAAUAGAGAAGAAAAGGCAUUUUCAGAACUGUCUUUGGAUAUCAACGAGGAGGAGGAAAAUGUAUUUCUUAACUUCUGAUAAGAGAUUUUUUAAAUUUUAAUCUGAGUGCAAUUUGCUAAAUAUUCAUUUGCAACUUGUUAAAUUUAUUCAAAGAAAUUAAAUGCCCAUAAAUGACAGAAAGAAUAAAGAAUUGUGAUAUAUAUUUACAAUAAAAUACUCUUUAGCAAUAAAAAGAAAUAAACUAGUGAUGCGCAUUAUAACAUGGCUGAAUCUCACAACAUAA